UCUUCAAUUCUAAAUUACCCUUAAUUCUCAAUGUUAAUAUUUGUUUCUUUUUUACUUUAAUCAGUUAAGCAAAAAAAAUUCUAUUCGAUUGUAAUCAAUUCAUUUUGGAAUAAUCUGGAAGAAUAGAUAAUUCAUCCUGUGAGUUAGUGUGACUGUUGAUUCAAAGUAUUAGAAGUCAUUUUCUGUUUUUCCCUCUGUUAACUUGGUAACAAUCAACUAAUCAAUUUUUUCUGCCUUUUCAUCGUCCAAACUUGAGUCUAUUUGUAUAAGCUGUUAAUCAACUAACUGUAAUUAUGGAACCCAGACAAAGAAAAGGCUGCUUUUGGUCAUUACUGGUCAACUUUUGGGAUAUGCUUGGUUAUGGUUUCUAUUUUAUUUAUCCCUUCAAGAAGAUUAAGUGUCCAACCGAUGAUAAAGUUGAAGGUAAAACUGUUUUAAUCACUGGUGCAACCCAAGGAAUUGGUAAAUCAACUGCCAUCGAAUUAGCUAAACGUGGAGCUAAACUAAUACUCGCCUGUCGUAAUCUUGAUCAGGCAAAUCAAUUAGCCCGAGAAAUUGAAUCAUUUACAAGUAACAAAGUGUUAACCGUUCAUCUUGAUUUAACUUCACUUCAAUCUGUCCGUCAAUGUGCAUCCACAAUACUUUCAUCGGUUGAUAGAUUGGACAUUUUAAUCAACAACGCUGGAAUGGCCGGUAACCCUAAAAGAAAGGUCACCAUCGAUGGUUUCGAACAAGUUAUGCAAGUAAAUCACUUUGGUCCAUGGCUUUUUACUCGAUUAUUAUUACCUUUGGUUAAAUCAAGUUCUCCUGGUAGAAUAAUUUUCACUGCCUCAUCAGCUCAUCGAUUCAUUUACUCUUUAAAUUUGGAUAAUUUAAAUUCUGAAAAAAAUUACUCUUUUCGUACUGUUUAUGCUAAAAGUAAAUUGGCCAAUAUUCUUACAACUAAUUACUUAAGUUCCAUGUUGAAAGAUUUUGGCAUCACAGUUAACUCUUUCUGCCCUGGGCCAGUUAACACUCAUUUAGCCGGAGAUCUAACUGGACCAACUUUAUCCUUCUUAAUGAAACCUUUCCAAUCAAUUAUUUCUCGGACACCCGAUCAAGGAGCUCAAACUUUAAUCUACUUGGCUACAGAUAAAUCUCUUGAUUCAGUUACAGGGAAACAUUUCAUGGACUGUAAACCAAUGAAUACAAGUCGCCUUGCCUCCGAUUUUGAUUUAGCUGUUAAAACUUGGGAAGUUACCGAGAAGAUUUUGGAAAAUCAUUUCAAUUGAUUGGAAAAUUAUUAUCAAUAUUGAUUACAAUUAAUAUAUUUAAUCAAAUCUCAAGUGCAUCUAAUUGUUAUCCAACAACAAUAAUACUUAUAUUGCUACUACUACUUUUUUCCCCCAAUUUGAAACAUUGUUAAUUAAUUAAUAAUAAUGAUUUUCAAUUAACUACUAUUUUUAUCAGUUUAUAUAUGAAAUAUUAUUAAUCCUGAUUAUUGAUUUUAAAUCAUUGAUACAAUUUAAUUUGUUUAAGUGUAACAAUAAAUCAAACUACUACUAUGCUAUAAUUUUCAAUGAAUGAACAUUAAUUAGCCAUUAAAAAGAUUCAUUAGUAAUCAAUUA